AUGUUAUAAGUUGAAAGAAUACUUAGACCAAGAAAAUCAAUUUCAAAAAGUCUUAUAUUAUAAUAGCCACAACCAUUAGAAUAAGAUAAUACAGGUAAAGCCAAAGAACAUUUUAAACAUUUAAGAUAGAAACUUAAGGUAAUCCAUCAAGCAGGAUCACCUAUUCCAUCUCCAAAAGAAUCAAAUCAAUAAUAAUAACCCAAAAGAAGAGAUAAAAAAGGAAAAAAACAUAAACAAUAAAAAGCUCUUUAUUAAUUAGAAGUUUCAGAUACAAGUUCGUCAAAUACAGAUGAAUCUUUAGAUAAAGAUAUAAAAAGUGAGUUCUUUCUUGCCAAAGAAAAUUUAAAAAAGUUAUGUAAGUAAUAAAAUCAAAAUAAAAACACUUCUUCUUAAACUAAUUCACCAUUGUAUUAAUAAGGGAAGAAUGAAUCGUAAAAAAAUGAGUCUCAGUAAGGAAUAGAAAAUCAUCAAGAUUAGGAAAGGAUAAAUAUUAAUUUUGUAAAAUCUUUAGAACAUAAUAUGGAUUGCAAAAAUAUCUAAGAAUAUUACGAAGAUGGAUAUUUAAAUAUUCAUAUUUAAAGUGAUGAUUUACAAACAUUUUUAAGGUUUGAACAUGAAGUUUAAGAAAUGAUUCAUAGAUCAUAAUAAUUUGCAAAUAAUAAAUAAAUGCAUGAAGGAUUAUAAGUAGAACUUGGAAAUUAUGAAAUCCGUUAACAUUAAUAAAGAUUAGAAAGAGAAGAGUAAUAAAAAGAAUUCAUCUAAAGAAUCAUAUAAUAAGAAUAAUAAAAACAACAUUUUUUACAAAGAGCUAAAACAAAAAAAAUAGGUGAUAUAGCUAAUAAAUUUAUUGAUCAUCAUCAUCUAGAUAUUAGAAAUGAUUUAAUAUCUUAAAGUCAUCUUAGUAGAAGAAAACAAGAAUUGCAGUAAUGA